UUUUUCCUGUACACACAUUUUGUGACGUAGUCCACACACAGUUGUUUGGGCACGUUCAAAAGAGUGGUUGCCAACGCGCGUUUCCACUAAAACUAUUCUCAAAAUGUCACAACAAGGAGCUGCUUUGCAAAGUUAUAACAACGAAUUGGUCAAAUGUAUUGAGGACCUGUGCGGCAAAAGGGAUGAGCUCCACAAACACAUCCUCCAGGAGGAGGAAGAGAAGCAGAAACUACAGAAUGACAUGCGCAUCCUGAGUGAGAGGCUGGCAAAGGUUAAUGAAAGUCUGGCCAAGAAGAUGGCAUCCAGGAACGAAUUUGACAAAACAAUAGCUGAAACGGAGACUGCAUACAUGAAGAUAUUGGAGAGUUCGCAGACACUAUUGAAUGUUCUGAAGAGAGAGUCUCACAGUUUGAGAGAGAAGUCCAUGAGCCAAGGCGGCUCCACACAGCGAACACUGACACAAACCUAACCACAUCAUCCUUAUCUCCACUUGUACAGAUCCAUGUGUAUAUAGACCCAGUGUUCCCUACCCCCAACUGUUUCUGUGAUUGCUGGUGUGCCUGUGACAGUCAUGAGCUUAUGUAUUUGAUAGAUAUUAUCUUUAACAUGAAAACAGAUACUUACCAUGUAGAUCAUGGUGAAAACAUUUCAUUUUUUAAAAAAAUAAAAAAUAAUGUAGAUGUAUUGCCUGAAAAAUUUUGCCUCCAGUUAGGAUCUAUAUUUAUUUCUAGGAGAGAUUCAAAAUAAUGUAAAAUAUUUGCCUGGAAUGUUUGCCACCAGUUAGUCUCUAUAUUUAUUUCUAGGAGAGAUUCAAAAUAAUGUAAAACAUUUGCCUGGAACGUUUGUCUCCAGUUAGUCUCUAUAUUUAUUUCUGGGAGAGAUUCAAAAUGAUGUAAAAUAUUUGCCUCGAACGUUUGCCACCAGUAAGUCUAUAUUUGGAUAUUUGGGAAGUCUGUAAGUUAUUUUCUUAAAUAUCCUGGCGCUAAUGGAGAGAACUAAAUGCAACUAGUCCAAAAUUCAUUUCGAACUAGUUUUUCAUGUGACAUUACAUGUACAUUUUUUUUGGGAAGACUACCAGUCUACCGGUACUUUUCAUAGUGAUCCAGUCAAAGACUGUUAACAUGUUUCAAUGCAUCUUUUUCUGCCUUAAUCAUUAAAUUGAAUUACAUCUUUUGUCACAGGUCUAGUAACAAUUUAUAAAUGUAUCUAAUAGGUGGCACAAGUAUGACAGAGCAUGUUGUAUCUGCAGUGUAUGAAAUGAACUUGUCAAAAAUCAUGAAGAGUUGAAUUAAUGGCAUAAGGGGCGGUUGGGUAGCCUAGUGGUGAAAGUGUUCGCCACCCUGGUUUGAUUCCCGACAUGGGUACAAUGUGUGAAGCCCAUUUCUGGUGUCUCCCACCGUGAUAUUGCUGGAAUAUUGCUAAAAGUGGUGUAAAACCAUACUCACUCACUCACUCACUCUAAAUGGCAUACAUUUUACAUUACCAUGUUAGAAAUAUUUGUCAGUGUCAGCCUUAUUCUUGUGUUAAUGGAAAUGCCCCAAAGUGGCCUUUGAUAUUUUUUUGCUCACUCUACCCUGAAUGUAUGGUCCUGAUGGUCCUUGUAUAGUACACACUGUGCAACUCAUGCUGUGUAUUCAGGCCAGGCAUCUGCUCAUGGUGUCCUUGUAUAUAAAUUUUGUAAUGAAA